AGGUAUCAAUGUGUGAAACCGAUGUGCCUUCGUUCUUUACAAGAGGUAGCAAAUUCCUUCUUCUUGACGGCAAAAACGAUUCGUUGAAACCAAUUCAGAAGGUAACAUUGCGUGUUGACCCACAUGGCCACAUUGUUUACUGGAAACCUUGGAAUGUCGAAUCGCAGCGGAACUACAUUUUCACACAGGACAUCGUCGAUGUUAGAACUGGUAAGGCAACGAACAGGCAAAGUAACAGCGACAAUAUCCGCACGAGCAUUCAUGAUAAUGUGUUGGCUACAUGCUUGAUGACGGUGGUGGACAAUGUAGAUUUCAUCCAUCCUAACUACACAACGCUGGCCUAUCUAGAGGACAACGUGAAAAACCUUAAAACAUGGGCAGAGUUUCUGUUUCAAUUGUCAUACAGGAGAAGGAGGCGCCACUAUGGUGUGCUUCACCAUGUUCGAAAACGUCUUGCUCCCUUUCUCUAUGCCUCUAAUAUAGAAAGAGCCUCAGAACAAGAUGUCAGAUAUUAUCUGGAACGUUUGGCCAAAUAUGGGGACUGCUCAUUAUGCUGCGCUAGGACAAACAACGGGCGGCACCGUUCGUUUGAAGAAGUAAGUCAAGGAAGGCACAUCGAUUAUGGCAGACGAAUCACGGAAAUGUGCGGAUAUUACUGACCACUCUUUGGUGCAAUUACUCAUCUCUAUGGGAAAAACCGACGAACUUUGGAAUGUAUAUGAACAAAUACGUGAUAAAGAUGAAAACACUGUAUCCUUCGAGAAUUUUCUUCGUUUUUUGAAUACGUAUCAACGUGAUCCGCGCCUCAACGAGGUAGAUCAUCCACGAAUGAGUGACCGCAUGUUGAAGAGAAGACUUGAAGUAAUUGGCCAUUCGUCAGGCACCAGUGUUACAUUUCAAGCAUUUGUUCACUUCUUGUGGAGUGAUUUUUGCACCGAUUCUUUGAAUAUGUCUAUAGAGGAAGUUGCUGACAUGAUGCAUGCUCCUUUGUCUCAGUAUUUCAUUAACUCUUCUCACAAUACAUACUGUAAAGGACUUCAAGUCAAGGUGGCUAAAAUCUUGCAUUUUGCUCCGCACAAAGAAGCCAUAGCUGACGUAGAAAUGUACAGACAGGUUCUCCUAUCUGGAUGCAGAUGUGUUGAACUUGAUGUUUGGGAUGGAGCACAUGGACCAGUAGUCACGCAUGGUCCGUCCAUAGUGAUGCGCAUGAAUGAGGUCCCCCUGAAGGAAGUGUGCGUGGCCAUCGCAGAGAGUGCGUUCAAAACUUCUCCCUAUCCAGUACUGCUGUCUAUCGAAAAUCAUCUAAGUAAGCAGCAGCAGAGGCAAAUGGUAGCUAUAUUCCGAGAAACCUUUCGUGAACAUCUGCUUGAUCGCCCACUGCCUAAUUAUGCGCUAGAAGAGCAUUCACUGCUUCCACCUCCAAAUGUUUUGAGGAAGAAAAUCUUGAUAAAAGCAAAGCGAAGGCGGGAUAACGAAGACAAUGAAAACUUAGAUGAUGAUCGGAAAUCUAGCAUAGCAUCUUCAGUUUCGGAGCGGAGCGAUCUGCAAAUGCUGGAUGAAGAAGUGCGUAGGUUGCAGUUGUUUCCUGACGAAGAAGAGGCUACCUCAGAAGAGUUGUCAGACAUGGUUAAUUAUCUCACUGCCGAGAAAAUGCCGCACACGUGGAAUGAAGAUCCGCGGUUGUACUUGAUGUGCUCUCUCAACGAGGAUACUGCCGCCAAAAUUUACAAGGAUACCGCACAGCAGCAAGCCAAUGAACUUGUGAAGCACACAUCGAAGCGUAUAGUCCGUGUCUAUCCUUCUAAUAUGCGAUUCAAAUCUGAUAACUUCCUUCCUAACAUCUUUUGGAUGAUGGGAAUGCAGAUGGUUGCACUCAAUUUUCAAACAAACUGCCUAGAGAUGCUGAUAAAUUAUGCCAUGUUUGAACAGACUGCGUGGUGCGGAUACGUGAAGAAGCCGGAUUGUUUGAAUGAUUCCUCUCUGGAUUUUAACUUCUAUGGCGAAGUUCGGAACAUCCCGCACCGGAUGCCCGUCACGUUAAAAGUCACUGUUCUUUCUUCUAUGUUUCUACCGGAGUUUGAGGACACCUCCUAUGUUGUUAAGAUGAAGUUGUUGGAUAUGCCACCAUAUGAGGACCCUACUUUUCAAGUUCGUUCUACGAACCGAAGUGGUAUUUACACUAAUUUCGAGAAGCAAGCGAUUUUUAAAAGAAAGAUCCUACUGGCCGAAACAGCAUUUCUACAGAUUCGCGUCUUUCGUGUUACAGAUGAUGAGCUUGUCCCAUUUGCAUACAGAAUACUCUCAAUCAACACGCUUCAGAAUGGGUACCGUCACGUCACCCUUCGUACUCUUGGCAAUCAAAAUCUCGGCCCGAUUUGUUUGCUCAUGUACUUCGACAUCUUCUUCUACGUUCUUGGAACACAGAUAUCAGUCCACAGUGCUUAUAUGAAUCCAUUUUCUGCUGCGAAGAAAGAAGAAUCGCUUUCUCUUGCGCUGAGACAUCCUUUCGCAAGGCGUCAGGAAAUUGCUGAAGAGGAUACUUAUCGCCAAGCCAUUCUCGGUACCGCAACGAAACUAAGCGGUGAAACUUCUCGGUCAGACAGUGCACCUCCUGCUCCUUCUAAAGCGUUGACCACAAAGGCUGCUGGAAAACUGCAUCGGAUUCGCAAAUUUCUCUUCGAUUGACGCGUCCCCGAAAGCUGUGCCUUUUCAAGGUUUCUCAUAACCGAUGUCAAGGCUGGAGAUGAAUAGGCAACAGAACUAUGC